UAACCAAGACUUGAAAUCAACGGGUGAAUAAUGGAGGGGUGUCACCAGCGGCCAGGGCAUGUCAAAGGUCACCUACCUUACUGGCAGCGAUCGAUGAGGGCGCUACCACUGCUAGCAGACGCAACACAAUACGAGCAACUUCAGAAGAGACAGUUUACAGCUUGCCAGCUGGGGCAGGGAUAUAUCGGUCCGACUUUUGCUACCUUGUCUACUCCUCCUCCUGGCCCGAAGAGCAUCGAGUGGGCCAGCUCGCCUCCACAGCCUCCGUCGCCUGCCACACCACCGAGAACGACGGCGGGUCUCAGCCGGGCCGCCGCUGCGCCGACCCCCGUGCCGGUCAAGCUGACUAUGGUCCCUGGUGCCAUGAAGAUGGAACCGGACGACUCGCGAUGCAGCAGCAACAACCUCAAUCGCCACACCGACAACCAGUUCACCGUGGUGGGGAUGAUGAACAAGCACAGCAACAGCACGGUGACCGGGGAUCACCACCUUCACCACGAUAAGUACGAGUGCCUAAUGAACGGGAACGAUGUCCUCAAACAGCGGUACAUCCAGGGCAGGAAGCGGCGCCACAGCCGGGGCGCGGGCUCCAAUGACGAUGAGCAUUCAGACGGCAGUGAGGAAGGCUCUCUAAACGGCAACUGCAGCGGCUCCAAAGUCCGCCGGAAGGGCUCCCCUCCUCAGAACUUUGACGAUCUCCAGAACCAGCGCAUCAUGGCCAACGUGAGGGAGCGUCAGCGAACGCAGUCCCUGAACGACGCCUUCACGAACCUCCGGAAGAUCAUCCCCACCCUACCCUCGGACAAACUCAGCAAGAUACAGACUCUGAAGCUGGCCUCGCGGUACAUUGACUUCUUGUAUCAGGUCUUGAGGAGUGAUGAGACGGACCAGAAGAUGAUCGGCAGCUGUUCCUACAUGGCGCACGAGAGACUGAGUUAUGCCUUCUCCGUGUGGAGGAUGGAAGGAGCGUGGAACAGUAUGGCUCAACAUUAACAUCGACUCAACUAACAAGUACGGGAUCCCAUGGAUGAAAACGAUGACGGACAUAACUUAAAGACAACGCCGAUCAACUGUUUCACGACGGGCCGACAAAGGAGGGAGAGUGUCUGAGCUCAACAACUCACUUUUUCUGGUCCGUCUUUGGACUCCUGCAGCUGCAUGGGAUGAACAGUGACUUGCGACUUAUAAACCUGGUGUACGACAGAGGGAAGAGGCGGGGACAAGACUGGUAUAAAGGACUUCCAAAACCGAUGGAGGAGAGGUAUGAAAUGUCCUUGGAAAGUGGCCAAUAACGUCAACUUCUUGACGAGGACAAGUGGUCACUGUUUCAAACAUUUCUAAUGUGAGAGCGCGGUACUGUAAACCAUGUGUACAAUUGGAAUUGAGGAUCGGCAAUGCAAUGAAACAUCAGGAUUACAGACUCCAUGAUUUAGCGGAAGGUCACUCACUGUGGUGCCAGACUUCCACCCGACAAUGAUUUAGCUGUUAACCGCCCACGGCUUAUUGCCAACUUCGAAUCUCACCCAAGUUGGAAUUUGUUAGACGUGUUCACCUGUACACUUGGUCUGCAAACACCAAAUGGGUGCGGACGUUUCGCAAACUGGACCUAGCUCACUCUGCCGCAAAUUGGAUUCAUGCUUACCCUCCGCGCUUGGACAACGGUAAUUCAUGAUUGAAAGUUUCGGACUGUACUUACCGCCGGGGCCAUGCAAGAUGCACUGGACGAGAUUGCAAGGGAAAGACUAUGCAAAUUGGACUGGUUUCCCCUCGUAUAUAGUGUUUUCUCUAUGGACUUGUACAGUGUCUGUUCAGCAAUAAUUUAUAAACAAAAAACAUUUUAAAGAAUAUUUGAAGGAUAGUUUUUUUCCACAGAUGGCAUGCCUACUGCGAUUUCUGCUCGCCAUGCAAUAAAGCGUUUGAAGCCACUUUUUAUGCUGUUUUUAAAAAAAUCUUCGUGCGUAUUGUUGAAACAAAAACAAUGUACUUUUUUUCUAUUUAAGAACCGAGUUUGUCUUGAUGUUUAUAAGUUGUGACUUUUUAACUGUUAACACUGAGGUUCUGUCUAUCUGUUUUCUACCUAUCACGAAAGUGGACAAUAAGUCCACGGCUGUAUUGUUGCUUUUUUUUGGGGGGGGGGGGAGGGGGUUAUUAUCGACUAUUCGACUUCAACCGGCGAAAGUAGAUAAUCGAUGUAUUCGAAUAGUCCCAGAGUAGCGUAGUUAGUUAGAAUCUGUGUUCAUCCUAGGGGUCAACGAACUCUCUUCGAGGUAUUCGAACUAUCCUGGGGAAUCAGUUUCGACUUGUUCAAGGGAUCAUCGUCAAAUUAUUUGGCUAAAAUAAAGCAAUGAGAAUGCGAAUUAAUAGAUUUCUCAAGAACCACCUACUUCAUUCAGCUACAGUUUUACAAAGAUGACAAUAAUGGUUUGUGAAAUUAAACACAACAGUGUUUCGAAAUGUUGCAAAAUUCUUGUCUUACUGAGAUGAACUUGUUUCAUAGAGCACAUUGUAGUUGUGUUAACCGAUAUCGUAGAAAUAGAGUUGUGAUCUAAUUAUAGGAGAUUUAGAUCAAAUAUAGCACCUUAACCCUGUGACCAAAAAAAAAUUAUAAUAAUUCCUGACCCCAAAAUACAUUUUGUGUUUUGAUUUAGGGGGUUAUUCUUUCCACUUGGAGUCUUUCAGAAAAUGACUUGAGAAAAAAUGACCAUUUUCCUCUUGAAAAUGCACCCUACCGAGACCCUGUCUUACAUUUUAGGCAUCACUCGUCAAUCCUAGCAAUCGCUGACUGGCAUACAGCUUCAAUCCUUAUUUGCCUAAGCCUGUCAGCCUUCUGUGCGUUACUUAAUUUCCAUUGCGUGCAUAUCAUUACCAACAAGGGGCGCUGAUUGGCCCUUUUAAAAGUCCUAACGCCAAUACCAAAACAACGGCGAACGAAUUCCACGUGGAAUUUGACAAUCUUAACUUUUACAAUUCCCAGUUUGAACUUUCUACUGCGCCAUGCGUAUUGCGUACGCGGCAAAAGCCAAACAGUCCUGCCUGCCAUCUUUCUUUAACCAGACGUCCAAUUUUAUGAAGCUUGAGCAGACGAAAAAGCCAAGAAACUCUUAAUUCGGCUGUUUUUCUUAGAAGAAUUGUUUCAGUCUCGUAUCUUUAUAAAACUGGACUUCGAUGGUACUCCUAAAAGUAGUUAGUUCAGUCUUCAUGCAAAUUGAAGUAGAUUUUGUAGGGAUCUUUAGAUAAUACCUGUUAAUUCCGCCGAUUCUUGAAAAUGAUUUUGUUGUCGACAAAUAGCGAGUUCAAUCUUUGCCUGUUAAAAAUCAAUGAUCUCUUUUAUGUGUGUAAUAAAUGACUUUCACGGCAUAUUAUACUGUACCACUGUGACCCUUGACCCUGAUUUCGUAGGCCAUGAGAUAGUUGUAGUGGCUGUUUCAUUAUUGUACGUACUUCACUGUACACAACAGUCUGAGAUCAUUCAAGAGGCACGAGUUAAAUUCUUUAGACAUCCAUGGACUUCCUUUAAUGUAUUUUUAUUCAUACAUUAUGCAAAUAGUAUGCAAAUUGCAUGCAUAUUAAGUUUCUCUAGUCCUAGUAGUGAUGAACCUUGCAUACUGGGUCCAAGGUUGAUCAUGUCAAUUGCUCUUCUGCUACCUGAUUUAUAAGGCUUCCAGUGAUUUGUUUGUAAAUAAAUUGAU